CAGGCGCGGCGAGCAUCGCAAUUAUCGCGGAUGCGUAAAAUAAAUAUGAUUAAUCCGUUAUAGAGGCGAAUUUGUGUUCGCUCGUAAUAAGGCUUUGAAGUCCAUCCGUGCAUAACAACGCUACCAAAACAUAAUUAUAUACCACAGGAUAUUCACAUUAAACCGAUGCUCAGUUACAGCAGGUGGCUUUGCUUGUAGGCUAUAAUUGCGUAUGGAUACGGAUUUUGGAUUGGAUCUGCCUGUUCUUCAAACGCCAAGGAAUCCUUGAGAAAGGUCGAAUCAACCCUUGCUUUGCUUGGGGCAAUGUGCGUCUAGAUGACAACUACAUCAACAAGCACGGUAGCACUGGACUAAAGAUAUAACCGCCCACUUCCUUCUCUCUCAGUUUGAGCCUCUCACGCCCGCUAGCACUAUGGGUAACCGGGGAAUGGAGGACUUGAUCCCGUUGGUCAACAAGCUUCAGGACGCUUUCAGCGGCAUCGGUCAGAGCUGCAAUCUUGACCUGCCACAGAUCGCGGUAGUCGGCGGACAGAGCGCUGGCAAGAGCUCCGUGUUGGAGAACUUCGUUGGCAGGGACUUCCUGCCCCGAGGCUCUGGGAUCGUCACCCGCAGGCCCCUUGUCCUGCAGCUUAUCAGCGCCAAUGCAGAAUGGGCAGAGUUCUUGCACUGCAAAGGGAAGAAGUUCACAGAUUUUGACGAGGUUCGUCAGGAGAUUGAGGCAGAGACUGACCGCAUUACCGGGGCCAAUAAGGGCAUCUCUCCCGUCCCCAUCAACCUGCGCGUCUACUCCCCACAUGUGCUGAACCUGACCCUGAUCGACCUGCCAGGCAUCACCAAGGUGCCGGUGGGGGACCAGCCAGUGGACAUUGAGCAGCAGAUCAGAGACAUGAUCAUGCAGUUCAUCUGCAGGGAGAGCUGUCUCAUCCUGGCUGUCACCCCGGCCAACUCUGACCUGGCCAACUCCGACGCCCUCAAACUGGCCAAAGACGUCGACCCCCAGGGCCAGCGGACCAUAGGAGUGAUCACCAAGCUGGACUUGAUGGAUGAGGGAACAGAUGCCAGGGAGGUCCUGGAGAACAAGCUGCUGCCCCUGAGGAGAGGUUACAUUGGAGUGGUGAACCGCAGUCAGAAGGACAUUGAUGGGAAGAAGGACAUCAAGAUGGCUAUGGCUGCUGAGAGGAAGUUCUUCCUGACUCACCCGGCCUACAGACACAUGGCCGAAAAGAUGGGCACCCCGUGCCUGCAGAAAGUCCUCAACCAGCAACUGACCAACCACAUCCGUGACACGCUGCCAGCGUUCCGUAGCAAGCUGCAGACCCAGCUGCUGUCUCUGGACAAGGAGGCCGAGGAGUACCGAGGAUACCGCCCUGAUGACCCAGGACGGAAGACCAAGCAACUGCUGCAGAUGGUGCAGCAGUUCUCAGUGGACUUUGAGAAGCGUAUCGAGGGCUCUGGGGACCAAGUGGAUACUGUAGAGCUCUCUGGUGGAGCCAAGAUCAACCGCAUCUUUCACGAGCGAUUCCCCUUCGAGCUGGUGAAGAUGGAGUGUGAUGACAAGGAGAUGCGGCGGGAGAUCAGCUACGCCAUCAAGAACAUCCACGGUAUCAGGACUGGCCUGUUCACUCCAGACAUGGCAUUUGAGGCCAUCGUGAAGAAGCAGAUAGUGAAGAUCAAGGAGCCGUGUAUCAAGUGUGUGGACAUGGUCAUUCAGGAGCUGAUCAACACCGUGCGCCAGUGUACCAACAAGUUGGAUUGCUUCCCUAGACUGCGUGAGGAAACCGAGAGAAUUGUGACCUCACACAUCCGCGACAGAGAGAGCAGGGCAAAGGACCAGGUGUUGCUGCUAAUCGAUGUCCAGCUCUCGUACAUCAACACCAACCACGAGGACUUCAUAGGCUUUGCUAAUGCACAGCAGAGCAGCAAGCAGAGUAACAAGCAGAGCAGCGCUGCGAGCCAGGUCAGCCAGGUAAUCCGUAAGGGCUGGCUGACCAUCAACAACAUCAGCAUAAUUAAAGGUGGAGCUAAGGAAUACUGGUUUGUCCUGACCGCUGAGAGUCUGUCCUGGUUCAAGGAUGAUGAGGAGAAGGAAAAGAAAUACAUGCUCCCUCUGGACAACUUGAAGGUGCGCGACGUGGAGAAGGGGUUCAUGUCCAGCAAGCAUGCCUUUGCCAUCUUCAACACAGAACAAAGGAAUGUGUACAAGGACAAUCGUUUCCUGGAGCUGGCCUGUGACACUCAGGACGAGGUGGACAGUUGGAGGGCUUCUCUCUUGCGCGCUGGAGUCUACCCCGAAAGGUCUUCUAAUGUGGAAAGUGAGGGAGGCGGCACAUCUUCCUCGUCCCAGGACAACUUCUCCAUGGACCCUCAGCUAGAGCGGAAAGUGGAAACCAUCCGGAACCUGGUCGACUCCUACAUGGCCAUCGUCAACAAGUGCAUCCGUGACCUCAUGCCCAAGACCAUCAUGCACCUCAUGAUUAGUAAUGUGAAGGACUUCAUCAACGCGGAGCUGCUGGCCCAGCUGUACUCGGCCGAGGACCAGGGUGCCCUGAUGGAUGAGUCCCAGGAGCAGGUCCAGAGGAGGGACGAGGUCCUCAGGACCCACCAGUCCCUGAAGGAGGCCCUGGCCAUCAUAGGAGACAUCUCCACCACCACCAUCUCCACCCCCAUGCCCCCGCCCGUGAACGACUGGCGCGGUGGAGGCGGAAACAGGUCUCCUCCAAACAGCCCCACUGGUUCCAGGAGGAUGUCAUCAGGCCAACGCCCUAGUCCCGGAGGAGGGCGAGGGGCUCCACACCCUCCUAACCGCCCAGGACCCCUGGGGCCCUUCAACAACAGUGCUGACAGCCCCCAGAUCCCCAGCCGCCCCAACCGGGCCCCUCCCAACAUCCCCAGUAGCAGCCGCAGCAGCCGAUACACAUAUAACAAGGCUGAGGACCAGUACCAACAGUGUAUUGUUUCACACACAACCGCCGCAAUAAAUGCACUUAACCCUGUCAAUGGAGUCUGGUAUGCCUGUGUAUCUGCUGUAUCGGUGGUCAUCUUCCUCACGCCUUUUUUAUUUUAUUUUUUAAGCUCAAACUCAGAGGCUGGCUGGAAAGAUGGAGGGAGGCUAUUCCCAACACAAAGACAGACACAAGUUCACCGAUAUUACUUCGCCUACCACAAUUAUGGGGAUACACAUAUCCCUGUAUGACUGAGAACAUGGUGACAUGUUCCAUUUAGCCUUUUCCUCGGGUUGGGUUGAAGCCCUCCCAUGUUCCUGACAGAUCACAGGUCACUUCAGAACUCUCUCUCAAUGUGUAAAACCUUUUCUCCUCUCACUCACCACCUCUCCUUCCCCAGUCCUGAGUCCAGUCAGCCGCUGUGCCAGAGCUUAAGGUGGAUUUCUCUAAAGUGUUCUCUGUCAGUAUGUUAUUGUGUAUGUGGGCCUGUCCUCUUUUGAAACUGUUUUCUGCUGUGUGUGUGUGUGUGUGUGUGUGUGUGUGUGUGUGUAUAUACACAUACAAACAUAGGUAUGAUUGAGAACGGUUGACUAUAAUGACCUUGUUACAAUCUAGCACUCUCCGUGUCUCUAGUAGCAUCUCACUCUACUUUAUCUGGAAAUUAGAUCUGGAAAUUAGACCACUUCAAUGGCAUGAUUUUACAAGUCUGUCUUGCCAACGCUGAUGGUAGAGGAAAUGAUACAAUAUCAAGCAGAACAUCAACGAAUGGUAUGAAGAUAUCUUGCCUGUAGGAGGGUAUAGAUGGACGUAAGGAGUAAUUGGGGAAUUGAGUUGCAACAACGGUGGUUAUUUUAUUUGUGUGUCUCUCUCUAAAAUAAACUCUCUCUCCUCUCA